CUGAAUCUAACCCUAACCCAACAUUGCACAGCAUUUGCUUCUUCUUCUUCUUUCUAAUUCUGCUUCCUUUUCUUUCUUUUUCUUCCGCAAUCUCAAUCUUGCAGACCAACUUCAAUUUCCACGCUCUCCAAUUUCAAUCUCUCCCUCUAUCUUCUCUUCCUGUAUCUAAAUUAACUUCCAUCAAAACAAGCUUGUAACCUCGCUGCUACUUUCAAAUUUCGUAUAUUGGAAUUCAGCAAUUCAAAUCACUUUCUGCUCCUCAUACGUACCCACUCAUCAGGUUGAGAUAUUCAUCGCUGCAUAUAUAGAAAGAUAGAAAUAAAAAGAUAGAAGAAAGGAGAAGCAAUGGAUCCUAUAACAUCACACGCCCAUUCUCUUUCACCUCCUUUCCACGCGGCAAGAGAUCUCCACCUGCACCACCAACACCAGUUUCACUCCUUACAACAAAACACCGAAGACGAGCAAAGCAGAAGCAGCGGAGGCCUAAACAUGGCUCACAAAAGAGAACGCGAAGAAAACAACACCACCAACAGCAAUAACAGUGAUGGAAAAGAAGGAGGAGCUGGCGGCUCCGGCGAAACCGAGAUGUCAAGAAGACCUCGCGGAAGACCCGCCGGAUCCAAGAACAAGCCCAAACCCCCCAUCAUCAUCACGCGCGACAGCGCCAACGCUCUCAAAACGCACGUCAUGGAAGUCGCCGACGGCUGCGACAUCGUCGAGAGCGUCUCCACAUUCGCACGCCGCCGCCAGAGAGGCGUUUGCAUCAUGAGCGGCACCGGAACCGUCACCAAUGUCACCCUACGCCAACCCGCUUCUUCCGGCGCCAUCGUCACGCUCCACGGCAGGUUCGAGAUCUUGUCCCUUGCCGGAUCCUUCCUCCCACCUCCGGCGCCGCCCGCCGCUACCGGUUUGACGAUAUAUCUGGCUGGAGGACAAGGGCAGGUAGUAGGAGGAAGCGUGGUUGGCGCACUAAUUGCUUCGGGGCCUGUGGUUAUCAUGUCAGCUUCGUUCAGCAACGCUGCGUAUGAGAGACUUCCGUUGGAAGACGAAGACCCUUCGAUGCCGCUUCAGGGAGGUUCGAUUGGGUCACCAGGCGGCGGCAACGGCGGGGUGGGUCAAGCGCAGACACCUCAGCCGCUUCUGGGGGAUUCAACUGCUCCUCUUUUUCACGGCUUUAAUCCGAAUCUUCUGAAUUCCGUUCAGAUGCCUUCGGAAACGUUCUGGGCAACGGGUCGCUCUCCUUACUGACAUGUAACAGUAACAGUAACAGUGUGGAUGGUUGGUGUAAGUGAAACGCUAUCUAUCAAUCGCUGUGUCUGGUUAAUUUCCUUGAUUAAUGCCUUUUGUUUUUAGCUUUUUUGGGUGGGUCGGGUACGUACGUAGCAAGAGAUUCACCAAACUGUCGUGUUACCAAAAGCUAGGGAAUAGUGAUCCUAAGUUGAACCAACGUGCCAUUCUGGUUCCAUUCGCUUCUUUCGUAGUAUUUGUCUGUCAUUUCGAUUAUUACUUAGGUAUAUGUUCACGUGUAUUUGAGACUGUAAUUAAAUUCAUGGAUGGAUGCAUCAUCAUUGCCUACUUUUAUUCUAUUUAUGGAAAAACAAAACGGUGAAUCAAUUUACUUCUAUCUAUCAUCCACUUCCACCGGAAAAGUAGUACGAGUUCGUGUUACUUAAAGAAGAGAACCAACGCAAACCACAAUAAAGAAGAGAACGACGUAGAACACGAAGAUAUUCUGGACCAAUUAUCGAGUUCUAGUUCUACUGCAUGUCGUGUCUUCAAUCGAAGACUCACAUUUGCAGUUGUUAUUCAUUGAAUCAUUGCAAUAUUCCUCGUUUUUCUGUGGUGGUUCUUAUAUCAGCGCAGCAUGAAGCAGGUUUAGCAACCAAAGAACAAUGGUUUUGGGUAUCUCGCAUUUCCGAACUCAAGGUAACGGUCCUUCUGUUCUUUUCAGUUUCAUGCUUUUGUUAAUUUAUGUUAACACAUAUAUAUGCAUUAUACUGUGGUGGAUUUAGUGAAUGGUGAUAGUGAUUUCUUGUGGAA